GUCACAAAUGUACAAAUACAUGGACGAGAAAACGUCUUGAGGCAGACGAUGCCAUGUGGCAAAGACGAGGGACAUUGCUAAGAGAGAAUAAGCCAGUGGACCAAGUACACACGUUUUCACUCUGAUCUCCGACUUGGUAGAUUUCAGACGUUUGUGAAAAUCUCCAAGAGCUUUUGACAAGACAAAACAAAAAUAAGUGAACGGCUAGAGAGGAAAACGCGAGAUAUGUCCUCAAGAAUCGAAUCAGCAACACGAAUAAAAUAUAUAAACUGCUUAUUUUAUCAAUGACCCAGUGAAAAGUGUGUGAAAAUAUCUUCAAUGAAACCGAUAGACUUUUGAUAUAAUAUUCCGAUAGACUUAUAUAUAAUAUUUCGUGUAAAAAAAACCAAAAAAUCUGUCUUAUUUCGUUGCAUCAAAAUUCUUAUUACUGUUGAUUGCGGUUUUGGUAGUGCGGGUCAGACUAUUUAUCGAAGGAAAACGAUGAUUGGUCAGAUUGUAUCGAGAUCGUUUCAGCUAUGAUAAAUUUGUGAUCGAUUGCAGUUGAAAAUUUAGUUUUAGCCUAUGCUUGCAAAGCAAGUUACACGAGAAAAAAAAGGAUAAUCGUUUUAUUUCUAGGAGUGUUUUAGUGUUAGUGUACGUGUUGACUAUUUUGUAGUAGCUCCAUAAUCCUGUGUAUAAUUCAUUCUGUACGAAACCAUUAAUAGAAAUACUAUCGCUCUUCAAUCUAUAGCAAUUUUUUCGAUCGAAAUCGCACAUGGUACAACGAUCGAUAUUGAAUCAUGAAAAAAUAACGGAAUGACGGAAAAAAUUAUUUGUAUUGUUACAGAGAAUUGUGUUAGUGUAAUUGUUGCAAAGAAGUGUUAAAUAAGAUUAGAAAAAAAAUCAAUUAACAACGACAAAAUAAAGGCUUGUGAAAUGAUGACCCUCAUGACGGACAUUGGACCUUAUCCUUACGAGGCAAGGGCCUCAUACGAUUCUUAUCAUCACCAUCAUCACCAUCACCAUCAUAAUCAUCAUCGUCACCGACAUUUUUAUGCGACAAACCUGGAAAAUGAGUACAUACAAAAUUAUGCCAAUGAGCGUGAUGCAAAUAGAGACGAACAAACUAUGCAGAGAACUGCGAGCACCGAUAGCAAUAGCUUGGCGUCAGUUGGAAGUUCAAUCCAUUAUCGACAUGAUCAUCUAAGCAGCAGCAGUUCACAGUCUCAAUAUAUACCAGACUCGGACGAUACAUCAUCCAUCAUAUCCGCCGAUGCAUCUGCGGAUCCGGAGUCCGCAUCGGCUGAUGGGGAUGAAACGAAUGAGAGCGAGACGAUCGAACAUGUGCCACAUCCUCACGUACUCGAUGCUGGCUCUCCUCAUGGUCCACGUAGAUGUCUACUAUGGGCGUGCAAAGCAUGUAAAAAAAAAACUGUCACGGUUGAUCGUAGGAAAGCUGCUACAUUACGUGAAAGACGACGUCUGAGGAAGGUCAAUGAAGCUUUUGAGGUGCUUAAGAGAAGAACAAGCAACAAUCCAAACCAGCGUCUGCCCAAAGUCGAAAUACUUCGAAAUGCAAUUGAAUACAUCGAAAGCUUGGAAGCCCUUCUUGACGGCGACAGAACAGCGGGAUCUCAAGGUCACGUCUCACAGGAUAAUUUGAACGGAGAAUCACCCCAAUACGUAACAGACAAACUGCGCCAAUUUUCCGACCCGCUUUCGAGGUUUCAGCCAAUUAAUGAUAUUAAUGACUGGAGAAGACGUUGAUCUCUUUUCAACGUUUAUACUGUUCCAAAACUCGAGGAUUGUCAUUAGAGGGAUGUUUCCACCCUCUAUAUUUUUGAGGGACAGUCAGAGAGGCCAAGGUACAGGAAGGAGGUUUGGGAAAAGCCGGAGCAAGAUUAAGGAAAAAAGAGAGGGGAGAAGGGAAAGAGAGCACUUAAUGAGUUUCUUAGUCACGAAACUACAACGCCCUUCUUCGAAGAAAAAGUGGGCGAAGAAGAAAUAUUCGGAAGAGUAUCGAGAAGAUGGAGAUUCACAGUUCCAACAGUUUUUUAAUUAAAAUAGAUAAAUCGAAUGAUUUAUACAUUCAGCAAGGAAUCCCAGGAUACUUAUAUCCUGGGACAAGAGAUUCAAAUCAUUUAGGGAAAAGCAAAGGUACAAGUCACAUAGUCACAAGAUAUAUAGCGAGAAAAGUCUAUCGAUGAGACAAGCUGAUAAAUUACGCAAGAAAAGCUUCGAUGAUUACUACUUUCGCGGAAAUACAUUUUGUUAUAAUUUUUACUUGAUCUGUUCUAAUUAAUACCGUAUAAUUUUUUUGUUUUCAGAAACUUUGGUUAAUUAUAAAUUUUUGGAUUUUUGUCUGGUCAUUUUUGAAGCCCUUUCAGGAUUUAGAUGGUAAUUCGGUUUUGCAGUAGCGAUAUAUAAAAAUUUUGUUACAAUUCCAUA